AUGAUGAUCGGAGAAGAUGAACAAAACGAAGAUGGUGAUGAUGACUUGUCAUAUAUUGACUGUGUCGAGACCUCUGAUCAAUGGUCGAAGGAGUUGGAGUCGGCAAGAGGAGGAAGUUCUUAUUGCUGCCCUCAAAGGAAUACUGGUUGGAAAUCUGAAAAUGGGUUCAAGAUGGGGUUUCUUAACAUCCUUGAGCAGGAAUUGGUGAAACAGUUACCGGGUACCGAUUUGCGAGUUGAUGUUAAUGCUCGUUCCAUGCGUCACAAAUCUUGGCCAUACUACUAUGAUUGGAUCGAGAUUUUCAGAAAGGACAGAGCGACGGGCCACCAAGCUGAAGACCUAUUUGAUGCAGCUAGCAAUGUGAAUCUAUCAGGCCCUUCACGUACUUUGUCUGAACAUAUAGAAAUGAACAAUGUGAACAUGAAAGAAGAGGUCAACGAGACAAUGUCGGAGAGCACCCAACCAUCUUCAACAGGGACGAAAAAAAGCGUAGGGCGUAAACGAAAGUCAGGUCAGAGUUCUGAUCCUCUUUGUGAAGUUAUGAAAAGUUUUGCUGAAAAAACGGGUGCUCGUUUGGAAAAGAUUGCGCAAAGGAUAGGCUACGAAUAUGAUGUUUCAAGUGCUCGUAAGGAUGUUUAUUCCAUUGUAAGGGAAAUUGAAGGUUUGAACCUACAAGAGCAGUUGCUAAUCUCCAAAAUUUUAGUAAAGAAUAUCGACGAGCUAGAUUUGUUCUUCAGCCUCGACAAUGCUGCUCGAGUUGAAUUUGUGCGAAUGAAGUUGGCCGGAAGUAUAUAG